AUGAAGGUGGUGACACCUGCACUUUUCGAAAGGUACAUUAGUUUCAAGGCGCGCACGCGCCGUACUGUUAUCGCCAGUUUUUUUUUAGCCUCUACCGGUGCAACUGCGAAUACAGAUUCCAGCGCCGUCGAUUGCCUGGCCAUUAAUGAGCAUCAGGCACGGCUUGCCUGUUACGAUCGGUUGCACGGUCGCAGCAUUGAGCCUGAGCUGCAACAAGCGGCGCAGGAGCGCGGCAAAUCUGCAACAGAAACGCCGAUAACCGGAGAAUCGGUUGAAGAUAAUCCGCCGACAUCCGCUUCAGCACACCAACUAGGCGAUGGGCAAAAGUAUAACAGGGCGACACUGGUUUCGUCUGGCCAACGGGUGAUCGUAUUCGAAUAUCAAAGGGCUUGCUGGCUACAUAUCAUUUGCGUCGGGUGGAUGGCGGAAGCAGAAGCACAUCCGUUAGGGGAUUCACAGAUCAUCGAGGAAAUCGUUGUAACCGGCUCCCUGAUCAAACGGGACAGCUUCGACUCCGCGUCUCCGUUGACCGUCGUCGAUUCGGAGGAAAUCUCUGACAAUGCAACUCCUAACCUCGGCGAAGUACUUGUCAAUCAAACAUUCAACUAUGGAUCCGACUUUCAGACGAACACAUACGCCGCACGGUCUCAGGUCGGCACGACAACCGCGGCAAAUCUGCGAGGACUCGGCGAGCGGGCCACGCUCAACCUGCUGGACGGGAAAAGAGGCGUCGGCACAAACCUCAACAGCACGCUGCCACAGAUCGCAAUUGACCGGAUCGACAUUCUCAAGGUAUCCAUCUUCCAGCAGCAGGAUUCCGACAACGACAUUGACGAGGAUAUGUUCGAGUUCAUUUUUGGCAGCGAGAUGGACAAAGGCCAUUUCAUGUUUGCCGGGUCAUACAGCGAGCGAAGUACAUUGGAGCAGACUGAGCGUCCCGAGUAUCUCCGGAGAGGCUUUGAGAUGUCCGCCACGGGUAACCCCGGAAGGUGGCGGGUACCUACGCGUGAUGCGACCGGUGCCAUCGUUGGCGCCGCCAACCUUCGCGACCCAGGUUGCGGAGUAGCAACGGACAUCGGUCCCGGCGGCACGGACGUAGGCACAAAAGGCAACUACCUGACCGGGGAUCCACGAUCUGCGACUGAAUAUGCACUGGGUCUACCAGCCGGCAUCACCGGCUCGACCGACUGCAGUUUCCACUUCGGCGAGACCUGGAACUAUAUCAACCCGCAAGAAAAAUUAAGCACCUAUCUCAACUUCCAGUACGAUUUCAGUGACCAUGUGAGCAACGAGUUCGAGCUGGUCUUCGCCCGCCUGACCUCGGACAGCCGAGGUUCACCACAGAACCCAGGCGGUCGUACUGAGGAGUUUCCCAUCGUACUGGGUGAUCACCCCGGCAACCCUUUCCGGGCUCUGACGUCGGACGGCACACCCCUCUAUGCUCAGGAUGCAGAUGCAGACGGUGUGCCCGAUCGCGGCACCGUGGAUGCGAACGGUGAUGGGGUAAUGGACGUCAUCGUCGCCGGAAUCGAUCCAACAUCCGGCAUUCCCUUUAACGAAGAUGUGGACGUCAUUGCAUUGCGGAUCUUUAGCAAGAUCGGACUAGUACCGGGUGCCAACCAACCCUCCUCACUCAACGACGACGGCUCGAAUACGGGUAAUGCAUCGUUCGAUGCCUGGAGCUUUCGAGCUGCCGAUACCCUGACAGUGGACAUUCCGAAUACCUCCUGGCAGGUGGCGACAACCGCCAUCGCCUCCCGGGGUCAUGUCGUUCUGGAAGAGAAAAAUACCAGCCAGAACGCACUCGAAGCAGGUUUGCGGGGAGUACUGGUCGACGUUCCAGAAUCCGAUCCCGGAUUCACGGGCCCACAAUACUGGAACCCGUUCUCGACUCAAGCGCUCGACUGCGUAAACCGGGUUUGCGAGCACACCGGUAUACCCGGGUUCGCCAACACCGUCAGUGUGCUGGACGCGGUGAAUAUUCAGUCUCACGAGAUUACAGAUAACGAGUUCUGGUCGUUGGAGACGAUCGCCACUGGUGAGCUCUUCGAGUUACCCGCAGGCAAUGUUCUUGCAGCGUUCGGCGCGGCGUUUCGGGAAGAAAAUCAGGAAGUGGAUGCCAGUGCGGCACGGAAUCAAUGCGAUUGGCAUGAAGGUGGCUGCGCCUUCGACUGGAAGGCCAACCAGAACGUCACGUCGGCGUUCUUCGAGCUUUCCAUCCCUGUGAUCGAGAGGCUGGAAGUGACGGUCGCCGGCCGCUACUCAGACUAUAGUGGUACUGUCGGCGAUUCGUUCGAUCCGAAGAUCGCAGGUCUCUGGCAACCUACCGACUGGUUGUCCAUGCGAGCUUCCUGGGGCACAGCCUUCAUUGCACCGACGAUCGAGCAGCAGUUUUCCACCGAGGUGUGCGGGCUGGAGACUAUGUCGGAUCCGCUGACCGGCGACAUCUCGGCAUCGUUCCGCGUGGCUUGCGUGACCGGUAAUCCGAAUCUGGCACCGGAAGAAGCGGAUACAUUCAACAUCGGCUUCUCUUUGAACCUGCUCGAUGGUGACCUCACGCUGGGUCUGGACUACGCCAACUACCAGUUCGAGGACAGGAUUUCCGUGGAGACCGGCAACAAUGUGUUGCGCGGAAACUUUGCGUCAUUCCUGGCCGCCGGUAACGAUCCGGCCAGCCAGACAGACAUCACAAACUGGAUUGCGAACAACGAAUCCGGUAUUUUUCGGGAUACCACGGGCGUAGUAACCCGCGUGAUCGUGGACCGGUUGAACGCCCAGGAGAUGGAGCACACCGCGUGGGACAUCUACGCGUCAUACAACUUACCCUUGGAUAGAAUUGGCAACUUCACGUUCGGACUGGCCGCCACCUGGGCUGAGGAGUACACCUUCGACCUGGGCACGGGUGAUCCCCUGGACAGCGGCGAUGGUGUCGGCAAACAGAACGAACAGGUUGCCGCAAUUCCACCGCUGCCCGAAUGGCGUGUGAACGGAACCGUCAACUGGUUCCUGGGCAACCAUUCUGCCCGUGUUCGUGUCCGCUGGAUCGACGAGUUCGAGCUUGAGUUCAACUCCGUGGGUCUGCAGACGCUUCAUGGACUGCGGGGUGGUGCCGAAAACGUAGACGACAUUACUUAUGUCGAUCUCAACUACAAGUAUACGUUCGAGGAACUGUUCGGCGUCGGUUCGACUACGCUCGAAGUCGGGGCUAACAACGUGUUCGAUGAACUCCCCGAGCCAUUCUUCAACCUUGGCGGUAUCGAGACAUUCGUCCACGAUGUCAGAGGACGUAUGUGGUAUCUUCGUCUUCAUCAGACGCUCUAA